UGGCCCUGCGCUCAGUUCCUGCGGUUCGGCGCCAUGGAAGGGGGACGAAAGCUGUGGCCCUUUGCCGUGCUGGUGCAGGGGGACUGGGGAGCUGCGGGCCCUCCCAAGAGCGUGACAAACAAACUUCAGCGCUACUUCCAGAGCAAGAAGAGGUCAGGCGGGGGCGAAUGCGAGCUGCAGCUGCUCUCCGGCCAGGUCUUAGUUUGCUUCGCUCGGGAGGAAGACAGGAAGGGAGUUCUAUCCCAAAAGAUCCAUGAGCUUGACUUGGCUGAAAAAGGAAAAUUGGUACUGACAGUUAUGCCACAAGAAACAGCUGAUGCUCCUAGAAAGAGUUUGUCCGGGGAGGAGAGAGUUCCUGAGCAGGCUUCUAAGAAAGAAGAUCAUCCUGGAGAGAGAGCAGGCCAAAAAGAUUUACAAAAAGAGCACCUGACAGCAGCAAGCACAUCAACUGGAAUAAAUACAUGCCAUGAUGAUGAUAUCCCCAACAACCUGCCAGCAUCUUCUCUUGUUGUUCUUGAAAAUGUCGAAGAAUCCAUCACGCAUGAAACAUUGACACUGCUAGUGGAAAAUAUUACUUGCUUCUCGGGAGAAAAUGACUUACAAAUUGAAUUGAUAAGGGAGAGAAAAGCUGCCGUGCUAACCUUUCAGAGAAAUAAUGAUGCUGCAACAUUUCUUCACAGAUGUGCCCAGAAUGCUAGGUUUAUAACAUUCAAAAUGACUUCCCGGUCUCUUGAAUUGACACAAAUGAUCAAAGUUGAAAAUAUACCUCCUGAGACUCACAAAGAGUUUAUAACUCUUUACUUUGAAAGUGCUAAGCGUGGAGGAGGAGAAGUGUGCAACAUUCAAAUGUUUCCUGAGGAGGAUUCUGCUAUCAUUACUUUUCGUGACCACCAAGCUGUGCAGACGGUAUUGAAAAAGCAACAUUGUUUUGAAAACCAACCAGUGUCGGUUUAUCCAUACUAUAGUUCUUUGGAUGCAGUUUUGUAUGGAAAGGAGAGGCCACAGAUAAAAAUGCCGGAGCCUGUCAGGGUCCCCUUAGAUCUCCAUAUCUGGCAGUUCAUACAGACACGGCCUAAACUGCUCCAAGAGAUAAAUAAGGAAAUGGCAAAGUGUUACUGUGAACUAAAAUGGCCCCAAGUGACAUGCCAGCAUCCAGAGAUCGUGAUACAUCCUUCAGACACCUUAUCAAAGCAAGCAAGAUCCAUGAUGAAAUUCAUCAAGCAUUGGAAAGAUGAGGUUUCAACAGAAUUUGCAUGCAUCAUGUCAAAGUUCAAGACUGCUGAAUGUAAAAUAAUCCCAGUGGCAUGGGACACCAUAAAGAAUACUUUGAUAAAGGGUGAUGUUUUGGGCAUUCCAGAUGUUAGCAAAGAAACUGUUACUCUGGCAGGUUUCGUCUUUGUUGUAGACAGUGUGGAGAAGAUGAUAAAAACUCAUGUAGAAAAUGUGACAAAAGAUGAGGAAAGAGCAAAACAAACUAUAGAGGAAACUGUUUCAGUUGCUCCUGGAAAGUAUGCUGUUUUGCAUGAUGUGUUACUAGAGGAGAAUGUCUAUAAAAAAAACCCUGAUUUAAAACUCUGUUAUGAUUCUUCAGCAAAGCUUCUGCGGCUACGUGGAAUAAAUACAGAAGUGUAUAAAAUGAAAAGUGCUAUGCUGGAGUGGUUGCAUAAAAUGGAAGAGAAACAAGUCAACAUCCACACUAGUAUUUUUCAGUUCCUUCAGCAUGCAAAUAGCAAAAAAGUGUCCAUGAAAAUAUUUGGUGCAAAUAAAAUUAAUGCUUCCUAUGAGCUUGCACCUGAUUCUGCUGUGUUGAUAGGAUAUUCUCCUGAAAUUCUCUGGAAAGCAGAGGAACAGAUGAAAAAAGACUUGGAUCACAGACAGAUUAUUUUGCAGGACCAAGGAAUCCUGAACAAAAGGGAGUGGAAAGAACUCACUAGAGAAUUACAGAGGAAGCACAAUUCUUCUGAAGAAGCCAUUAUAAUAGAUGACUGUCUUAUUCGGGGGCAAGAAGAAGGUAAAGUAACCAUAGCUGGCUAUACAAAAGCAGUAGCAGAUGUUUAUCAGGCGCUGUCUGAGUUUGUUGGAAGAAACACCCACAUGGCAAAGGAAAUCUCAGCCAAGUAUGUGGCUGUUGUGAAGUUUUUGGAGAAAGAAAAGGGUGAAGUUUGGGGAAGCUUGAGGAAGAAAGGUGUGAAAAUUGAGUUUGGCCCACAGGCUAAACGUAAGAGCAUUAUCCUGAAUGGGUCCAAAGCAGAGGUCCCAGAUGCAGUUGCUAAGGUUCAACAGUUGCUGUCUUCAGUGCAUUCUCUCAGUGUGGUAAUUGACAAACCGGGAGCGAAAUCAUUUUUCAAAAGCAGAGAACAUUACUACAUUACUGAAGCAAAACAACUCUUUGGUUGUUUGAUCAGACUGCAGGAAGAUGGAGAAGAUACUGCGGGCUCUCUUGCAAAGAUAGGGCACCCCCACUCUGAAAUAAAGUUAAAAGAUGGUGUUGUGAUAACAGUUCGCAAGGGUGACUUGACCCAUUAUCCAGUUGAUGUUGUGGUCAAUGCAUCAAAUGAAGACCUGAAGCAUAUUGGCGGUCUUGCAGAAGCUUUGUUAAGAGCAGCAGGCCCUGCAAUGCAAAGAGAAUGUGAUGAACUAGUGAGGAAGUACGGACGUUUAAAGCCUGGCCGUGCAGUUAUCUCAGGUGCUGGGGAUUUGCCCUGUAAACAGAUAAUUCAUGCCGUUGGGCCAAGGUGGAAGCAUGAAGAAAGAGACCAAUGUACACUACAGUUAAAGAAAGCUGUGAAGGAAAGUUUACAUCUGGCAGAAACAUACAAUCAUCGCUCCAUAGCCAUUCCUGCCAUUAGCUCUGGAAUCUUUGGGUUCCCAUUAAGAAAAUGCGCUCAUUCUAUUGUGACAGCCAUCAAAGAAAGCUUGGAAGAAUCUAGUGAGAGUGGAUGUGUGAAAAAGAUCUGCCUUGUGGAUGUGUCAGAUAAUACAAUUCAGGCUUUCAGUGAUGCCUUGAAUGAAGUGUUCAGAGACAGAUCACCCCAGCCCAAACCAGCAUCUCCUCCUCAAAAAAAGAAGCAGUUUGAAGCCGUCAGAGAAGAUGUUCAUGUGUUGGUUUCUGCUGAAGGCUUGAAACUCAUGCUUGUGGAAAAAGGCAUUGAAGAGGCUAUGACGGACAUUGUCGUGAGCAGUGUUGGUGGAGAUCUAAAGCUUGGUGUAGGUCCGCUUUCCAAAGCUCUGCUGAAAAGAGCUGGCUCACAGCUACAACUUGAAUUUGAUCAAGCAGUCCAAGGGCAAAGAGCUCAAGCAAUACAAGGACAACAGGCUCCGGCUGGCUGUGUGAUCCAAACUGGUGGUUACAACCUGACCUGUAAAUUUGUGCUGCAUGCUGUUGUUCCUUCAUGGAAUGGAGGGAAAGGAAAUGGAAUUAAGGUUCUUAGAGAUAUCGUGAAAGAAUGCCUGGAGAAAACCGAAGCACUGUCUUUAAGUUCUAUCUCAUUCCCAGCAAUUGGGACUGGAGGGUUUGGCUUUCCUAAAUCUGAAGUCGCAAAAUUAAUGUUUGAGGAGGUGCUUCAGUUCAGUAGCAGGAAGAAUUUGAGGUCCCUCCAGGAAGUUCAUUUUCUCUUACAUCCAAGUGAUGUAAACAACUUAAAGGCAUUUUAUGAAGUGUUUGAAUCCAGGAUUGGCAAAAGUCCCAAGAUUGUGCCACAAAAUGAUGGACAAAGUGCAGGUUUCUUUGGACCCAUUUCAACCCCAGUUUUGGGAAUUCAUGAAAUGCAGAUUGGAAUGAUUAAAUUUCAGGUCGCCACAGGAGAUAUAACAAAGGAAAAUAUAGAUGUUAUUGUAAAUAUAUCAAAUGCGAAUUUUAAUGCCAAAUCAGGUGUCUCCAAGGCCAUUUUGGAAGGUGCUGGACCUCAAGUGGAAGCAGCAUGUGCAUUAUUUGCUUCACAGACUAACAGUGGAUUUAUAACCACACAAGGUGGCAAUCUGAUCUGUAAGAACAUUAUCCACCUUAUCCCGGACUCUGAUAUCAAAGCUCAGGUCUCCAAAGUGCUCCAGGAGUGUGAACUGAGGAAGUACUCAUCUGUUGCUUUUCCUGCAAUUGGAACAGGUCAGGGUGGUAAGAGUCCAGAGGAUGCAGCUGAUGAAAUGAUUGGUGCAAUUGCUGACUUUGCAGGCAAAAAAUCAUCCCAGCACGUAAAACUUGUUAAAAUAGUCAUUUUCCAGCCGCAUAUGCAAAAUGCCUUUUAUGCCUGUAUGAAAAAGAAAGAAGGUUCUCCAUUACCUUCCUCAGAAUCUUUUUUUUCUAAAUUAAAAACAUAUGUAACCAGUAAAAUUCAGCCUGCUCCAAAGAAACGUUUGUUGGUUUUAGAAGAGAAGUUAGAGGAUGCGGUAUUUGAAAUUUGUGGAGAACACAAAAAAAAAGUAGAAGAUGCUGAGGCCUGGUUAAAACAAAUUAUUCUGCAGGAGCAAACAGAAAACCAUAUCUCUGAUAUGUUAAUUGAAAUGUUUGAUGAAGCAGAAAUUAAGAAACUGAAUGACCUGCAGAGAAGAUUACACAUUGCCAUUCAGCUGGAUAAAAAACAGUCUCCUCCUUCAGUUCUGGUGUCUGGCAUCCCCCGAGAUGUCCUGGAGGCCUCCAAGGAAAUUCAGAAGUUGAUCCAAAGAAUGAAUGAUGAUCGAGAAGAACAAUCUAAGGCAGAACUUGUUAAAAAUCUGGUUGAGUGGCAAUAUUCUCCAAAUGGGGAUCUGUUCAAACCUUUUGAUUUGCUAGAAAAUCUCCGUUUAGAAGAUGCUAAAAUUAAUAAUGCUGAGCAGGUGAACAUCAAAAUUCAUGGAAAGAGCUGCAAGGCAGACAUAAAGAAACUGUGUGCUACAGACAGCCGGGGGAAAAGCAUAAGCAUUAGACGAAUGGCAAAGGAGGAAGGUAAACUAUUACUAGGACUUCCUAAAACUUGGCAGGAUAUGAAUGGAGCACUCUUCAAAAGUGUUCCAUUGCAACCUUCAACACCAGAAUAUCAAGAUGUUGAAAAGAAAUUCCGAGCUACCUGUCAAACACAAAAAAUAGAAAAGAUUGAAAGGGUACAAAAUCCUUAUCUCUGGCAAUCCUACAAAGUCAAAAAGGAAGAAAUGGAUAAUAAGAAUGGCCAUGGAAACAAUGAAAGGGUUCUGUUCCAUGGGACUCCCAGUUCAACAAUAAUCCCGAUUAACCAGACUGGAUUUAAUCGCAGUUAUGCUGGAAAGAAUGCUGCAAUGAUUGGAAAUGGCACCUAUUUUGCUGUGGAUGCAAAAUAUUCUGCACAGGAUACAUAUUCAACACCAGAUGGCAAUGGCAGAAAAUUCAUGUACCUUGCUCGGGUCCUCACUGGAGAGUUUUGCAAUGGAAGACGAGGACAGAUUACUCCUCCGCCAAAAAAUCCUGGCGGGUUUGACCUGUACGACAGUGUAACGGAUAACUUGGCUAACCCAUCCAUGUUUGUCAUAUUUUAUGAUGCCCAGGCUUAUCCAGAAUAUCUGAUUACUUUCAGAAAUUAAGUUACUUUCGCUGGAAGAGCUUCCUGGUCCUUUCCUAGAAACUGAGUUGAAUGAAAAUAUCAUAAAAAAUAUUUUUAGUCUUACUAAUUGAACUUUUAUCCAGUUGAUUAAAUGUGCCUUUCAAAACAGAAACGCCUAAAUAAUUUUGACUGCCACUCUACAGAAAUUUGAUGAGAGAUUCAAGAAAGUAGUUCUUUGUUUCUUCUUCAUUCAAGCUAGAUGGGCACAACUGUUAACAUAAAAGUUGUGCUUUGUUUGGGGUAAGGAAUUAGAAUUAGGAGGUAUGUUCGGACGAACACCUCUAGAGUGGCUGCUGCUUUUGUGAUAAACCUGCUUUGGGGCAGAAUGAAUUCAAGUGAAGAAGAGCGAGGAAGGGGAUGUAAGGCAGGGAAAAGAGUACUUAAUUUCUUGCCUACUCGCUGCUUUUCCACUGCAGUUCCUCCGUCUCCGCACCAGCUCCCUUCGCAGGAUUCUAAAUCCUCCAAACCAUAUGCAAUGACCCCUUGGAAUGAAAAAGUGGGAGGAGUGAGUUACUGCAGAAAAAAUGGACGGUAAAACAGUUAAAUACUUGCCCUCCUGCACACCCUGAACAUCAGAAGCAACUUUUGCACUUGUGUGCUGUUUGCCUUGCUUGGCUGAGAAAGGCUCAGGAAAUACUAAAUUUCACGGUGUGCCUGUAGUCCUUGUCCAUUAUUAGAAUGCCACGUCCAUCUUGUACUCUUCUUUUUUGUGAGCCAUUUAUGUAUAUCUUGGCAUAGUAGCCCAUGGUUUUGUGAGGUGCUUAAUAAUGAGAAAAAGAAUAUAUUUCUGGAAUAAUUUUAGCAUUGGGGCCUUGUUCUUAAAAUGUAUCAGUCUCCAAAAGCAAAGCAUGUACCGAUAGCAGGAAAUCUUGCCGAGUCUCCUCCUCUUGUGUGCAUGCUUUUCUCAUGACUUACGAAGCAGUGGGGACCUGGGCAGGGGAAAACAGCAAUAGACUGUUCUGGGUAGAGUUGCCAACUGACCAAAGAAGGACACAAAAGCAGACUAGGCUGAGUUAACACCUGUUUGGGGUAGAGAAAUUAGCAGGUGAAGUGUUUCCCAGCAUGGAAAUAUAUAUUACCACCUGCAUGGCAGCGAAUAUCUGUGAAGAAGCAGGCAUUUUAGAAAACAGAGUUUUUUGUGGGCAGUUGGGAAGAGCAAAGGAGCAAGAGUCUGCUUUUGUGUUCACCCAUAUAAAACCGCAAGAGGUGCAGCCCUCCUCCGCCCACUAAGUAUUGAAACUGCUCCAAGAAUGUUAGAGGGAACUGCAGCAAAAGACAUAGGGGAAGUGCGGCUGCCUUUUCUCCACCCACUGUUUAUCUCCAGUUAUUUCUGUUCUCGCAUGGUGAUUUUUCUUGCUCCUUUCCCUUCCAACUGCUUCUGAACAUUAGUUUGUAAGGGUGGAGAAAAACAUCAGUCAGAGAAAAGGAGCUAGAAGUUCUGCCAUCUGUGUGAAAUGAAGGAAGAAAUGCGGAGUCUUGGAAUAAUGUUCAUCACAUAUGCUCAGAGCCCAGUAAAUAAAAUAAAUCAACAAAGCUUUGAGGAGAAGAAAUUACCCCCCCCCCCCUCUUCUACUGGGCUCUACUUUCUUCCCUCUUGCUCCGGGCACUAGCAAGUUGUUUUAGGUUGCUUGUGCUACCCAAACUAGCAGCCAAGAUCGUGUGAAAUUGUCUUAAGAGAUCCCAGCAUUUUAAAACUUGUUCAUUUAAAUGCAUUUUCUUCUUUUUACUUCGCAUUUUUUCUGCAAAUCUGGGGGGUAGCCCAGAAUUGCAGAAAUACAUACUUUUGCUUUGGGGUACCUCCCGUCCUUGCAGAUUAUUUUAUCUGUAUGAGAGGAACCCAUGGCUUCUUAAGUCCUAAAUCCAGUUUGAUUACUGCCACCCACAGGUACACAGUGAUGCAUCUAAUUUCCUGCCAGUUCAUCAAAAUGCCAUUUAAAUAACACCCCCCCCUAUAUUAUAUGACAUUGCCAUGGUUAU